CGGGAUGCCAGCUGUUUGUCCUGUCGGGAGCGAACAGAUGUUAUCCAGCCAGAGACUUUAAAUGACUUCUUCUGAGAUUCACUGAAGUAUCAAAACAUGGCAACUCUGGAGUUAUACACAAAGGGGGAAACUGUGUGGGUUCCUGAUCCAGAUGCAGUCUGGGUUUCAGCCCAGCUCCUCCAGGACUACACACCUGGAGAAAAACGACUGCUGCUACAGCUCUCCAAUGGCGACACGGCCCAUUUCCCCGUGGACUCUCCAUCUGACCUCCCACCGCUGGGGAACCCUGACAUCCUGGAGGGCGAGAAUGACCUGACGGCUCUCAGCUUUCUCCACGAGCCUGCUGUCCUGCACAAUCUGCGGGUUCGAUUUCUGGACUACAGCAGCAUUUACACAUACUGUGGCAUUGUGCUGGUAGCCAUCAACCCCUAUGACCAGCUUCCCAUAUACGGCGAGGAGGUGAUCGAUGCCUACAGCGGCCAGGACAUGACCGACAUGGAGCCUCACAUCUUUUCUGUGGCAGAAGAAGCCUACCGCACCAUGACCAGGGAGGAGAGGAACCAGUCCAUCAUCAUCAGCGGGGAGUCCGGCUCAGGAAAAACUGUCUCAGCCAAGUUCACCAUGCGAUACUUUGCUGUGGUUGGAGGAGCAUCGCAGCAGACCAGUGUCGAGGAGAGAGUCCUGGCCUCCAACCCCAUCAUGGAGUCUAUCGGGAAUGCUAAAACCACUCGCAAUGACAACAGCAGUCGUUUUGGGAAGUACAUUGAGAUCGGCUUUGGCGGGAAGGGGGGAAUCAUCAGUGCAAACAUGAGGACAUAUCUGCUGGAGAAGUCACGGGUCGUCUUCCAGGCGUCAGCAGAGAGAAACUACCACAUCUUCUAUCAGCUGUGCGCCUCCAAAGACCUGCCUGAAAUGAGAUCCCUCAAACUGGAUGCACCUGAGCGUUUCCGCUACACCAACCAGGGGGGACAGAUGCAGAUACCCGGCACUGACGAUUCGGCGGACCUGGAGCGCACUCGCAACGCUUUCACCAUUCUUGGUGUGCAGUCCGACCAGCAAAUGGAGCUGUUCAGGAUCCUGUCAGCAGUGCUCCACUUAGGAAACGUCAACAUUCAGGCCAGCGGGAGAAGCUCUGAUCGGAGUUACAUUGAGGCAGAUGACCGGUCUUUAGCAAUCUUCUCCAAGCUGUUAGGCGUUGAAGGAUCACAGAUGGCUCACUGGCUGUGUCAUCGCAGACUUGCGGUAGGAGGGGAGAUGCUGGUCAAGCCUGUGCCUGGGCAGCAGGCUCUGGAAGCCAGAGACGCGCUGGCUAAACACAUCUACGGUCAGCUGUUCACAUGGACGGUCCAGAGGCUCAACUCCGCCCUGCGCACUCAGAGGGAACAGGCCAAAACCUUCAUAGGAGUCUUGGAUAUCUACGGAUUCGAGACCUUUGAGAGGAACAGUUUUGAGCAGUUCUGCAUAAAUUAUGCCAAUGAAAAACUUCAGCAACAGUUUAACAGGCAUGUGUUCCACUUGGAGCAGGAAGAGUACAUGCGUGAGGAGCUGGCCUGGAGCAGGAUUGAAUUCAGUGACAACCAACAGUGUAUCAACCUCAUCGAGGGGCAACUGGGCAUGUUUGAUCUGUUAGAUGAGGAGUGCAGGAUGCCUAAAGGUUCAGAUGAAAGCUGGGUGCGCAAGCUGUAUGAUCAACACUUGAACAGCAAGGCCCAUCCUCACUUCCGGAAACCUCGGAUGUCCAACAGCGCCUUUAUCGUUUUACACUUUGCUGACACAGUGCAGUAUGAAUGUGAAAGCUUUUUGGACAAGAACCGAGACACGGUCUUUGAAGAGCUCAUUAACAUUCUCAAAGCCAGUCAGUCUGAGCUGGUGGCCGAGCUGUUCCAGCAGCGGGAAACCUCUUCCCAAUCUGUGACCAAUGGAAGCGUCCGUUCUGGGAAAAGAGCCGCCAGAGAACAUAAGCUGACCGUCGGCUUCCAGUUUCGUCAGUCCCUUCAGAUGUUAAUGGACACUCUCAACAGCACUACACCUCACUACGUCCGCUGUAUCAAACCCAAUGACCUAAAAGAACCUUUCAUGUUUGACCCUAAAAGGACAGUGCAGCAGCUGAGAGCCUGUGGGGUGCUGGAGACCAUUCGGAUCAGUGCAGCAGGUUACCCGUCCAGGUGGACAUAUGAGGAGUUCUUCAGCAGGUAUCGCGUUCUGCUUGGAGGGCCUCAGGAGCAGACCCAGGACCUCUGCAGACGAGCCCUACCGCAGCUCAUCCCAGACCCGGACCAGUACUGCUUUGGAAAAACCAAAGUGUUCUUCCGGGCCGGUCAAGUGGCGGUUCUGGAGAGGCUGAGAGCCGACAGGCUGCGCGUGGCCGCCGUGAUCAUCCAGAGCCAGGUCAAAGGGUGGCUGGCACGGAUCAGAUACUCCAGGAUCUGCUGGGCGGCCGUCACCAUACAGAGAUACAGCAGAGGAACUCUGGCCCGGCGACUGGCUCAGACUCGACGCUACACGAAGGCGGUGUUGGUGAUCCAGAAGACGUACCGGAUGGUGGUCGUCAGACAGAUGUUCCUCACCAUCCGACAGGCCACUCUCACCAUCCAGGCCUUCACCAGGGGCACGCUGGCACGCCGCACAUACAGACAGCUGGUGGUUGAGCAGGCUGCCGUGUUGCUUCAGGCGAGAGCGCGUGGGUGGCUGGCGAGGCGGGCGUACAGGCGGGUGCGUGCAGCCGUGGUGUUCAUGCAGUGCUGCGUGCGCCGCAGGGCCGCCAGGAGAGAGCUGUUGAAACUGAAGACCGAGGCACGCUCAGUGGAGAAGUACAGAGAGCUCAACAAGGGCAUGGAAGUCAAACUGAUACAGCUGCAGCUGAGAGCGGACCAGGAGGCAAGGGAGAGUGCCGCCUUGAGAGAGACCCUCAAUGCAGAACGGGAUGCUGCCGGUGCGGAGCUGGUAGCUCUGAGAUCGAUCGUACAGAAGCUAGAGAGCCAGAAACUGGAGAAGCCUCCUCCUCCUCCAGUUAUCAGCGAGAAGGAGGUGGAGGAAAGGAGGAGAGCUGAGGAGAAAGCUGCUCAGGAGAUACUUCAACUCACACAAGAGUUGCGAGAAUUACAAAAAGAGAAGGACAAUGUUACCUGUGAGAAAGAAGAUCUUUCUGCUCGCCUGCAUGAGCAAGAAGAAACUCAGGAAGAGUGUGUGCAGCAGGCUGUGUUUAAGGCGAGCACGGCUCUUCGGGCAGAGCUGGACGAUGAGAAGGAAAAGUAUCAGGGUCUCCUGAGGGAAUUCAGCCGACUGGAGCAGAGAUAUGACAACCUGAGGGAGAUGAGUCUGCUCACCGAGCGUACCAAGGGCCACAGAAGGACCGACUCCACCCAGAGCUUAGAGCCUCUCUCUCCUUCCUUCUCUCCCUCCUUCUCUCCCUCCUUCUCUCCGUUGUCGCCCUUCCAACCUUCCCUCCCAUCCCCGGACGAGGUGCGCAGGAUCAGCGUGACCUCUCCCCCCCUGGAGAGGAGCCUCUCCGUGAGGAGCUCCGACACGACACUGGACCAGCUGAUGGAGAAGAUGGAUGUGGCCAAGGCGGUGAAGAUGAGCGGAGAAGACUUGGAGCAUGCUUACGAUGCAGUACGGGUGGCCAACAAGUUUCUGGAGAGCCAACUGCGGAAGCAGCAGAGUCAGACGGAGGAGGAACUGGAAGCUCUGAGGCUCCAGCUCCGUCAGGCCAUCUCUUGUUCAUCAUCUUCUGCACAGACACAGGAGCUCCAGGAGAUGCUGGUAGCCAGAGAGUGUGAGUGUGUGAGGCUGAGGAGGGAGCUGAAGGAGCUCAGAAACACCACGUCACUCAGACGACUCCUGACUCAAGGUUUCCCGUCACCUUCCCGCUCACCUCACGUGAAGCCGGCAGCAGUCACCGGUCUGCUGGAAUGUAGGAAAACGGAUAAAAACAGACUCAUCAAGGCUAUAAUCUCAGACAUCCGCGCUGACAGCGCGCUGUCUCUGCCCCCCGGGCUGCCCGCCAGCGUGCUCUUCCUGUGUGUCCGUCAGGCCGACUGCAGCGGGGACCAAGCCCACGCUCGCUCCAUCUGCAGCGCGGCUGUCACCGCCAUGAAGGCCGCUCUGAAGAAACAUACUAACGAUGUAGACAUGUCUGCCCUGUGGCUGAAAAACGUCUGUCUGUUGCACGACCUGCUGAACCAGCACUCACCCAAACAGGCUCUUUGCUCAGACGAGCUGGUUCCUCUGACCACCGACUUGAGCGACUUAGUCCGCGCCCUGAGUGACCUCUGCAUUCAGGCUUAUCAGCAGCUCCUCUCCAUCACUGGGACAGUCCUACACAGCAUCAUAGUCGCCGCCUUGUUGGAGAGCGAGACCAUUGCGGGUCUGUCCGGCUCGGCGGUGAAAGCGGCCGCCUCCAGGAAGGGAGCAGGAGCGGGCUCGGGCCCCCGGCCCGUAGGGGGAGAUGCUCCCACGAUGGCCUCCGUGCUGAGGGAGCUCGGGUCGCUUCACGCCGCCAUGACCCGCCAGGCUCUGCCGCAGAGUCUGACAGAGCAGGCCUUCCACCAGCUCACCUACCUCAUCUGUGCAUGUGCUUUCAACAAUGUGCUGCUGAGAAAAGACAUGUGCUGCUGCAGUCGUGGCAUGCAAAUACGCUUUAACGUGAGCCUGCUGGAGGAGUGGCUGCGUAGCCGAGGUCUGCAGGGAGGGGGCGCCGUGGCCUCGCUGGAGCCUCUCAUCCAGGCAGCUCAGCUGCUGCAGGUGGGGAAAAAGACCAAGGCGGAUGCAGAGGCCGUGGUCCGGACCUGCACAGCCCUCUCCAGCAAGCAGAUUGUGAAGAUUUUGAGCCUGUACACUCCUAACAGUGAUCUGGAUGAAAGAGUCACUUUAAAUUUCAUCCGCACUGUUCAGGGCCUCCUCAACGACGGCUCUCACAGUCAGCCCCUGCAGCUCAUGAUGGACCACAGGAGAGCGUUUCCCGUCACAUUCCCCUCCUCGCCUCCGCCUGUCGUCAGUGCUGACGAGCUGGCCGUCCCAGACUCCCUCAAGAUCUCCUUUCUACGCAGAGUCUAAACAAACUGGAUGCAAAUGUAGAAUCGCUUGAGGACAUGUAACCGUAACAGAACUGAAAUAAGUUUAAGGAGCUGUUGUGAAUUUAAUCAUGCGUUAAUAAUAAUUGUUGGCAUGAAUUUAUCAAUGGAUUAGUUUUAUUAGAGAAGGAGAUAGUUUAACUUAACUGAUUAAAAAGACAUCAACAUUAAUGGAGGGCGGUAACGUAGGCCAGUGGUUCCCAACCUGGGGUCCGGGCCCCCCCUGGGGGGGCGCCAGAGAUCUCUGGGGGGGCGCGAAACUUUGUCUGCUUUGAAAUUAUGCAGUUGUAAAAAUUAUAUUUGCGAAUGAGUCAUUCAUAAGACAUUGUUAGGAAUAAUUUAUGAAUGUCUUGAAUAUUUUUUGUGUUUUUUAUACACUGGUGACAAACAGAGGAAAUUAUUUCAUUCCUUAUUAUUAUAUCAUUACUCAACAUUUAAUCUACUCCGACAGGUUGUUAAAGGAAAAAUGUUGGUCUCAUAUUAAAAGAGACAUUUUUCAGAAA